AUGGGUGUUGAUUACUACAAUGUGCUCAAGGUGAAGCGAGACGCUACCGAAGAUGAUCUCAAGAAGUCUUACCGGAGACUCGCCAUGAAGUAUCACCCCGACAAGAACCCCACGAGCAAGAAAGAAGCUGAAGCCAAGUUCAAACAGAUCUCCGAAGCUUACGACGUCCUCAGCGAUCCUCACAGACGUCAGAUCUACGAUCAGCACGUUGAAGAAGGACUAAAGUCUUCUGAUCCACCUUCUGCGGCGGAGACGGCGGCAGCGGCGGCGGCGAAGCAGAGGAGUAACUCGUCUCGUCGUGACUUUGAGUUUCGGUAUUAUCCACGUGAUGCUGAAGAUAUCUUCGCUGAGUUCUUCGGGGAUACAAGCCUCGGAGAGAGGACACGUGGAGGGGGGAACCAGGCGAGCAAGAAGAAGCCGGUGGCGGCGAGUAGGAAGGCGCCGGAUAUAGAGAGAACGUUGGCUUGCACGCUUGAGGAGCUUUAUAAAGGUGGGAAGAAGAAGAUGAGAAUCUCUCGUCUUGUUCCUGAUGAGUUUGGGAAGCCAAAGACAGUACAAGAGAUUUUGAAGAUAGACAUAAAACCAGGUUGGAAGAAAGGCACCAAGAUAACAUUCCCUGAGAAAGGCAACCAAGAACCUGGUGUCACACCUGCUGAUCUCACCUUCGUUGUGGACGAGAAGCCGCAUCUGGUUUACACAAGAGACGGUAAUGAUCUGAUUUUUGAGAAGAAAGUCUCUUUGAUAGAUGCUUUAACCGGAGUCACCGUUAGCUUAACGACUCUUGACGGGAGGAAUUUAACGAUCCCGGUUUUGGAUAUUGUUAAACCGGGUCAUGAGAUUGUGAUACCGAACGAAGGAAUGCCUACUAAAGAGCCUUUGAAAAGAGGAGACUUGAGAGUCAAGUUUGAGAUCUUGUUCCCUUCAAGGCUUACUUCAGAGCAGAAGAAUGACCUUAAAAGAGUUCUUGGUUGAAGCUCAUGAGCUUAACGUUUAAUAAUGACAAGGAGCUGCUAGCUUGCUAGUCAGUUCAAUGUACAUACAUUUGAUUAUUAAUUUUUUCUUCUUCUUUACUUGUGUUAUGAGAAAGUUCUGAAUCGAAUUAGGUUUUUUUAAGUAGAAUUCAGUUUGGUUUUAUGUCGAUUACGUUAUAUGGAUGAUUUGCACCCCUAC